AGGCAGGCUAGCGUCAUUCUCGACAAUGGUGAGCAGGCGGGCGGGCGGCCCACCUGGCGCCAUGUGAGCCCCCAAACGAAGUCACCCUCGCAGCAUGUCCGGGGGCGCCACCCCCAGCCGCCUGCUGCUGCUGCUUCUCCUGGAGGCGGCCCUUUUCAGACCCCCGGCCGUCCUGGCCCUCGGAAAUAUCGGAUGUCUAUUUAGCUCAGACUUAUGCGCCGAGGAGUUCGAGUGGUGUUUUGACGACUAUGCAUUCGGCCGGUGUCUUCCACUAUACGGCCACGUGUCCGAGGAGUUCCUGCACCGGCGAGAACUCGGCACCGAUGAGCUGCAGCUGCUUGAGUCGCAGAUGUCGCGGCUCUUCGAGGCCGGUUUCCGCUGGAGCCACGCGUACACGCAGUGCGUCAUGCAGGCGUCGCUGCGCACCCUGCAGCUAGGGGAGGAGUUGGACGAGGAUGAGAGCGGAGAAGAGUGUGGUCCGCUGGCCAACCUGGACCUGCAGGCAACUCCGCGGCAGAACGAAGGAAACACUGACGGCGCCCUUGACGCCAAAGACGUCGCCUUUGUGCGGUUCGUGCCCAGCGCCAAGAAUCCUCACCCCGACUUCGCAGAUGAACUCUACUUCCCUCCCAUGGACCAACGCAGCACAACCAAUGAAAUCGAACCGUUUGUAUACGAGAAGAAGGACGGAAAUCACGAGCCUUUCCACUUUUCGCGGCACCUGGGUCUGCAAGUGGGCAACAACGACGACAACAUGCCCUCUGUGACCGCCGUCGAACAGGAAGAUCAACUUUUGGCAGCCUCGCAGCCAGCUUACACCGAGGGUGGACUAGUCUUCCUACCUCAAGGCGAGGAUGGCAAGAGGAAGAGCUCGUUAGACGAGAAGGCGUCGCGCUUGUCUGCUAUUCUGGCGCAGUACGGCGACCUCGACUGGGGCUUCAAGCGACGCGAACGGCUAGACGUGAAAAAACCUGGCCCGCCGUUCCUCACAAACAGCUACGCUUACGUAAAUUCGAACGAAAUCCCUACUGGCUCGACGGAGAGUGGAUCAAAACCGGAGGAAAAGAUGCAGUCAGACCAGUCAAGCAAAUCGCAAUUGACCCGCGAGGUGGUUGAGAAUCACUUGUCAGUGGACAGGAAUGAGGUGCCGCAGAGCAAGACGCGUCGGCGACCACCACCGCCUCCACAGCCGCCACUACCACCUCCAGGUGAGGAUGACCUACACCUGGACUCAGUGGACCCGAGCUACGCGUACGUCGGCUUCAAGAACAGUCGUGCGUCCAGGGUGAACAGCUGGAAGCAGGGUGCCGACGUGGUGAACGCCAUUGCUGACCUCCUGCACCUGGACCGCAGCGACCUGAGCAACGUCAGGGUUGAUGUCAACGAGGUCACUUUCAAGGUGGAAGAGCCCAACGAACAGGGUUUGAACGCCAGCGAGGUGGCGAGGAGGGUCGAAAGCAUGAAGCAGCAACUCAAAGACCUCAUUGGUGUCGAAGUUUCUACUUCUGGCAUCGGGGAUAAGAACAAGCUGCCAAAUGCGUCGGCGAUUGGCACUGGUGCUGAGACGGAGCGACAGAUCUUGAUCCUGGGCCUGUUGGUGAGCGGCGUGUUGUUCGCGGGCGCCGUGGCGGCCGCUUUGCUCGUGCUGCUCGGCCGGCACGCCAAGAGCAAGGCCAAGUUGCAGCAGCUGAACAACCCUGAUCAGGCCAGCAAGGACUACCAGGACCUGUGUCGCGCCAGAAUGGCUACCAAGGCGGAGAAGGGUGAGGUUUGCGGCCCACAGCGCGUCGUCAGCCUGUCCAAGGAAGGCGACGGCAACAACAGUCCCAACAGUAACCGCAGCAGCACGUCCUCUUGGAGCGAAGAGUCGGCGUUGACCAACAUGGACAUUUCAACAGGGCACAUGGUUUUGUCAUACAUGGAGGACCACCUGCACAACAAAGGACGACUGGAUCAGGAAUGGGCAGGCCUGUGCGCGUAUGAAGCUGAGCCAAACGAAACAACUAUUGCUUCGAUGUCGGAGAACAAGCCGAGGAACAGGUACGAGAACGCUUUGCCCUACGACCACUCGCGGGUCAUGUUGAACGCUUUGGCCAACGCCAAUGGCUCCGAUUACAUCAACGCUUCGUCAAUCGUGAGUUGGAUUUUAUUAUUUUACGUUUUGAUUACAAUUUUUGCCCGGCAGACCGAUCACGAUCCACGCAACCCGGCGUACAUUGCGACGCAGGGGCCGCUGGAGCAGACGGUGGCCGACUUCUGGCAGAUGGUGUGGGAGCAGGGCAGCGUGGUGAUGGUCAUGCUGACUAGACUGAACGAAAACGGCGCAGCCAUGUGCCACCGUUACUGGCCUGAGGAGGGAUCUGGCCUCUACCACAUCUAUGAGGUCCACUUAGUUAGCGAGCACGUCUGGUGCGACGACUACCUGGUCAGGAGUUUCUACCUGAAGAACGUGAAGACGGGCGAGACGAGAACGGUCACCCAGUUCCACUUCUUGUCUUGGCCGGAAGGCGGAGUUCCUCAUUCCAUCAAGGCUCUGCUCGAGUUUAGAAGGAAAGUGAACAAGUCAUACCGAGGCCGGUCGUGUCCGAUCGUGGUGCACUGUAGCGACGGCGCCGGUCGGACGGGCACGUACUGCCUGUUGGACAUGGUGCUCAACCGCAUGGCCAAGGGGGCCAAGGAGAUCGACAUCGCGGCCACCCUGGAGCACAUCCGUGACCAGCGGGCCGGCAUGGUUCGCUCGAAGGCGCAGUUCGAGUUGGUGCUGAUGGCCGUGGCCGAGGAGGUGCACGCUAUCCUCAAGGCCCUGCCUCAGUAGUAGUCUGAUAAAUAACGAAACAAAAAAAAAGCCCGCGCGGCGACACUGCCAAGGCGCAGUGCCCGCCGGGCUGACGACCCGGCGACCUCACGGGGGCGCCGCCGCCCCGCGGCCCCGUCCCCGCGGGGCCCCCGGGCCGCGGCGCCGUACGAGCUGACGGUUCUCGACACACAGCAAGUUCACGCGACGCCUCUUUCGUUCCCGGUUUUCUUCUCUCUCUACCGAUUUAUUUGCGGACACACGUUCAACUAUUAGCAUGUAGCGGAUCCAUCAUCAUUAUACACACACAACACACACGAAUAUUAUUAAUUAAAAAUUAUUGUUACAACGCAAAUUCAACACACACACUAUCUCUCUCGUGUUUUACGUUCUAGUCAGUCGAAUUACGAAGCGAUGUGUAUUUAUUGAGACACAAGAUAUAAAAUCAUACGCAGAUAUAAAAUACUACUACCGAAUAUUUAACGUAUAAUACGUGUUUAAAUAUGCAGAAAUAUUUUAGCAAAGUAGCAUGGAAUAUGAUAUAUGAAUUAAUUAUAUACAUGAAAUAGAGUUUAACAGCUCUGCUCUUUUUUCCGGCCGAUGAUGACUUUUGUGCCGGGCACUCUGGGGGUAUUUGAACCCCAGCCUCUCAAAUACCUCCAGUAUUGUCCACAGACUGACGUCACCACCGGCUCAGAGCCGCCCUUUGGCGCCCCGCUCCCCCCACCAGCUCUCGUUUCUCCCUUUUUAAUUCAACUCUUGCUUUCCAGCCCAGCGUUUAUAUUCUUUUAACGAGACAAAAAACUUUCUCUAUUUUUAUAUGACACUUAACAGCAGGAGUGAAAAGAAUAAUACGCAGAUUGGAUCUAUUUUCCUAUUUUCUCUUUCAUUUAUCGAUUUGCUAUAGAAAAACUCACGAAAAAAAUGCUUUCUUUCGCUGACACUAAAUAUAUAGAGCUCAGGUUCCUUCUCACCGAAUUUUAUCCUCAUCGAGUAAUGAAACAUGUCAAUUGAUCAGACUUACUGUGGCUACGAAAUCAUUGGUAUCCCCGAUCCCUCUUUUUGAUUGUCACCCGAGGAAAACAUUUGAUGCACGUUUGAAAACGUAAUCAUUAUAUUAUACAAUUUAAUCUCUAUCGAUGUUAUUACCCAUGCUGUGCGAAAUAGUUCAUGUUGUUAUCCAAGCUAUUUUUGUGUGUAUGUGUUGAAAGAGCGGAAAGCAGGCCUACGUCUACAAAACCAAGUAAUUAUAAUACGAGAACGCUUCUAUAUCGCACACUCUCAUUUUUCCUCUUUGCUCUGGAAAAAGUAGAUGAAAACAAACCGAUGAAGAUCGUGUUUACGUUUGUCGUCCCCGACUCAAAACUACCGGUGUUUUUUCUCCGAUACACUUUGUCCUCAUCACAAAAUAGCACACACAAUUAAGAACAUUGUAAUUAAGGCCAAUAAAGUUACAUUUCAGUGGAAGCAA